AUAAAAUCUUCCUCAUUGGCUGACAUAACGGCUAGGGGAUCUCUAUUCCCAGUGAAGAUCCAUGACAUGAGCAGGGCUCUCAGCCUUUCACCGAUGCGCAAUCUUGCUCUUCGUAAGUGACGCGUAAUGAAAUCUUCAUAGAGACUAAAUCUUAGCCUCUCCAUCCCACCGACGACCCCAAUUAUCACGGAAGCAAGGCACUUUUUUACGAGUCAUGGAUAUACAUAUGGGAUGCCAAGACCUCUUUUUUCAUGAUAGGGGUCCACGGUGCAUGACCGGUAUUACGAAUCGAUAUCUCCUUCAUCGCCAUUGGGUGUAUGCGGGCGGGCCGACGCGAUGGCAAGCCGCCUAGGAAGAGCCUCCGAUGGUAACGGGUAGCAAGUUAAAAAGGAUGCCGUGUCACCGUUUCUCGAAAUGAUCUUCACCCCAAGACAUCUCGUCCUCUAUCCAGUCGUUACUACAUACCAGUCAGUCAGUCGCUCAGACAAUCUUUAUUCAUCAUGGUCGCUUUCACCAACUUCGCCAUCGCGGCCCUCGCCGGCUACGCCGCCGCUCACCCCGGCGAGAAGCACGACGCGCACAAGAUGAAGCGCGAACUCGUUGCACGUGACAACGCCGCACAACUCGGAGCUCGAUCCCUAGCUUCGUGCUCGAACUCUGCCUCUUCCCAAGCGUUGAAGGCCCGAUCCAUCAAGCGCCGCGCUAACGCCGUCAAGAACAUCCGACAGAAGCGCGGCAUCAAGGCCCCUGCCAGGAAGGACAAGCGCACGCUCGAGGAUCUCCAGAAAUGGGAAGCUGUGAACCACAACAUGUCCGGGACUUACAACUACGACAUGUUCACCUCGAUCGAGGAAGUCUUCAGCGGCAACACAAGCUGCAUCCUAGCCCCCGAGAUCACCAACGGGCCGUACUACGUUGUCGGCGAGAAGAUGAGGUCGAACGUCAAGGAGGCGCUGUACUGCGACGGCAUCGACCUGUUCCUCGAGGUCCAGUACAUCGACACCAACACCUGCGAACCCAUCCCCGCCGUCGCUGUCGAUAUCUGGAACUGCAACGCCACCGGCACCUACAGUGGUAUUGCUACCGAGGGCAACUAUGCUACGGGAGGGUAUAACUCGACCUACCUCCGUGGCAUCCAGCUCACCGAUGGUGAUGGAGUGGUUAGCUUCGAGACUAUCUUCCCCGGCCACUAUGGCGGCCGUGCCGUGCACACGCACUUGCUCUCGCAUAACAAUGCGCAAGUUAUGCCGAACGGAACUAUUUCCGUAUGGAACUCGCCCGUAAGCCACAUCGGCCAACUCUUCUGGCCAGAGGACCUGCGCGCCGAAGUCGAGGCCACGUACCCGUACAACACGAACACGGUAGCUCUCACGACCAACGACGAGGACAUGUGGUCGAUCCUCUCGGCCGACGCCUCGUUCGAUCCUAUCCCGCAGUGGGUGUACCUCGGCGACGACAUCUCCGAUGGGUUAUUCGCUUGGAUCCAGAUCGGUAUUAACGGCUCCGCUGAUUACACCGAGGAUGAGUAUUAUGGUGUUGCUGCGUACCUUGAUGCUGAGGGCGGCCACUCGACUGGAUACACUAUUGGCGGUGGUGGAAACGGAACCGGAAACGGAACCACGCCCAGCGGAACCCCUAGCGGUUCUCUUAGCAGCGCGCUUCCUUCGAGCUCGAGCGCGUAAUUAGGGGAUGAGAUGUUGGGGUUGGUCGCUAGGGAUAGAUGAGGUUUGGUUUUCAGGGCCUUGGUGUUUGCAAGGUUGGUUAUUUAUAGAAUUGGUUUUUGAUUCGGUCGUGUUGCGAUAUAUAUACCCUAAAAUGGAUUGUUCGAUUUUUAAAUAUAGAAGGGUGGUUUUUUUUU